AUGCCGGCCACAGUCCUCGAUGAUGCAAGUCGGCUUCGCCAGCUGUGGACGCAGCUGGUGACCGAUGUGACUCCGUCACAACUCCCCUCGGGGCUCUUCUCGAAGAACCCGAUCCAAUCUUCAAUCGGGCGGCUCAACGUGCCCAUGGACAUGGCCGCUGUCCAUGCUUGCUGCCAGCAGUGUGGUGUUUCCCCAUUGAUGGUCGUCCAGGCCGCCUGGACUGCCGUCUUGCGUUCUUAUUCCGGAGCGGACAAUGUUAUGUUUGCGGGCAUUGGCAUGAACCCACGGUCAGCUAAGCAGCCAUGGACAAACACAUCUGUCUGCUUGGCCCGUUUGGAGCAUGACAGCUCCGUCAUCUCCGUUCUCGACACAACGCGCGAGGAAGGCCUGCUACAAGCAGAGUCAAUGGUUUCUGUUCCUGAGGCCUUGAGCAUCUUUUCCACAUUAGAUCCGAAGCCGUGCAAUUCGGCCAUUUGGCUGAAGAACCCCCAGGUUAAGGCCGAGCUGUCCUUGACCGAUGCGGUCAAUGAAAGGACUUUCGACUAUGUCGUCCAGAUCGAUCCUUCGUUAUCCAAAUUGGAUCUCGUUUUCUACAAACCCCAUGUUUCCCGUGCCCAGGCCGAGUACAUCGCCAACACGUUCGCCGACUACCUCCAGAUUGUCUGCGAGGACCCAUUCCAAACAGCGUCCAAUGUGUGCCACCCUAGUGAGCUGGAUGCCCUCCAGAUUGAGACAUGGAACCGUAUUCUACCGAGAGGCAGAAAUGUCUGCGUCGAUCAGUUGAUCGAGAAGGCCGCCAAGGAGACUCCUGAUGCCCCGGCGCUGGGGUCUUGGGAUGGAGAGAUGUCAUAUUCUCAAUUUAACCAGGCUGCAAACAAGCUGGCUGUCUACCUUGAGUCCGCCGGCAUCAGGCGUGGUGAGCUGGUCCCCAUUUGCUUCCAAAAGUCCAUGUGGACCAUCGUCACCAUGAUCGCUCUCUGGAAGCUGGGCGCCGCGUGGGUGCCUUUGGACCCCAAGCAGCCCCGACAGCGGUUAGAUACCAUCAUCCAGUCGGUGGAAGCUCGCACAGUGAUUGCUUCCUCACCAAACAAAGACCUCGUGCAGGGACUGGCCUCGCAAGUCCUCGUGCUCGAUCCCUCCCUUAUCCAAAAUUCUCCUGAGGUUGCCUUCACUUCCCGCUCACAACCUCGCGAUAUUUCAUUUGUUAUGUUUACUUCCGGAAGCACAGGCAAGCCAAAGGGCGUUGUCCACGACCAUGCUUCCGUGUCUUCCAGCGCAUUGCAUCACGCAUCCGCUAUGAAUAUCUCUAAUAAUACUCGCGCCCUCCAAUUCGGCGCCUACACAUUCAUUAUCAGUACAUUUGAAAUCUUUACUACCCUAAUUUUUGGUGGAUGCCUUUGCAUCCCAUCGGACCAUGACCGACACACCGACAUUCGUCCCGCCAUUCGCUCCUUGAACGCCAACUGGGCCAUCUUCACCCCCAGCUUCGCCCGCUCUAUCUAUCACGAAGACAUUCCUUCUUUGAAAACUCUCAUCGUGGCUGGUGAGGCUGUGGCGCAGGAUAUCAUUGAUCGCUGGGGACCUGUUGCCCAACUAAUUAAUAUUUAUGGCGCCUCCGAAUGCAGUGUCGUGAUGAUUGGCCGCAUGUUUGCCGAUACGCCGAGGAGUUGCAUUGGCAGAGCCACUGGAGGCCUAUCAUGGCUUGUUGAUGCCAAUGACCACGACCGUCUCGUGCCCAUUGGCUCCGUUGGUGAGCUCGUGAUUGAAGGCCCUACCCUGGCCCGUGGCUACCUCGCGGACCCCGAGAAGACAAAGGCCGUGUACAUUGAAAACCCGGAAUGGGCUCGCCAGAACGGCAUCACUCGCCGCUUCUACAAGACCGGUGAUCUGGCCCGCUAUGACGACCAAGGUCGCGUACACUUGAUCGGUCGCAAGGACCUGCAGGUGAAGAUCCGUGGUCAGCGUGUCGAGCUGACUGAGAUUGAGGCUCACAUGCGCGCAAUCAACAACACCGUCAAGACUGCGGUUGCCAUGAUUGCUCCCGCGGGCAAAACAAUGCUGGCUGCCUUCAUCUCAAGCCAGAGUGGAUUCGGCCCCGAGUUCUCUCAUGAGUUCUCUUCUGCUCCAGCCGACAAGGCAUCAGUGGUUGCCUUGGCUGCUCAAAUGAGCGACCAGCUCACCAAGCAAUUGCCGUCCUACAUGAUCCCCUCGGUCUUCCUCCCCUUAGCCUACAUGCCCCUGACUGCCUCCGGAAAGACCGACCGCCGUCUCAUCGCCUCCUUCGGUGACAGCCUUACCUUGAAUGGACUCGCUGCCGCGGCCGGCAAUGUCACCACCACCGAGCGCCGCAUGCCUAAAACCCCGGCUGAGUUCACCCUUCGGCAAAUCUGGUCUGAUAUCCUUCACUACCCGGUGGAGGAUAUUGCUGCCACUGACAACUUCUUCCAUUUGGGAGGUGACUCAAUUGAGUCUAUGAACCUCACUCGCCGUUGCCGUGCUAAGGGCUUCCAGCUCCAGGUUGGUGAUAUCUUGGGAAAUCUGGUUCUGAGUGACAUGGCCAAGGCCAUGGUGCCUGCAACCUCUUCUGAGAUCCGUGUGGCCGCUCCAUUCGAGCUGCUUGACAAGGACACCAACACAGUUCAUGCCAACAUUGUCUCUGCUACUGGCAUGCCCUCUGGCCUCAUCCAGGAUGCCUACCCCUGCAGUCCCCUGCAGAUUGGUCUUAUGGCCCUGUCCAACAAGGUCCCUGGCUCUUACAUCGCCCGCCACACUUUGGAGCUUCCCAGCACUGUCAGUGUCGACAAGUUCAAGGAGCAUUGGGAGCAAAUUGUUGCCAACAACGAUGUGCUACGAACCAGAAUUGUCGACACAGACGAGUACGGUACUGUUCAGGUUGUCGACCGCGCUCAUGUUGAGUGGGUUCACGGCACAGACUUGGAGAGCUACAUGGAGUCGGACGAGAAGUCUCACAUGGGUAUGGGCAAUGCCCUCGUUCAUCACGGCAUCAUCACCGGCCCCACAAACACCUUCGUGUUGACCAUCCACCACUCCAUCUACGAUGGAAUGUCCUUGGAGAUGAUGUUCAACGACCUUGUUCAGGCCAUUGAGGGUGUCACCCCGCCUGUCCGCACUCAGUUCCGGGACUUCAUUCAGCACACGAUGCAGAAGAACGCCGACAAGGCCACCGAAGAGUACUGGCGCAAAGAGCUCUCUGAGGGAGAUAUGACUACCUUCCCAACUCUUCCCUCUGCCACCCACCAGCCGCUGGCCAACGAGUCGCUCAUCCACAAUCUCCAACUCAGCCGCAAGGGUCCUUCCGACUUCACAACUGCGACACUCAUCCGUGCUGCUUGGUCUAUGGUGCAGGCCCGGUACUGCGAUGCCCCCGAGACCGUCUUCGGCUGCACUCUCAGUGGAAGAAAUGCCCCGGUGCCUGGUGUUGAAGAUAUUGUCGGUGCUGUGAUUGCCACGGUUCCCAUCAAGGCCCAGAUCAACGGAGAGCAGCCCGUCUCCGAAUGGCUUCAGCGUGUAAACUCGCAGUCCAUCGAGAUGACACCUGCUCAGAACUACGGUCUUCAAAACAUUGCGCGUGUUGCAGAGGGCGCUGCCGCUGCUUGCAACUUCCAGACCUUGCUUGUCAUCCAGCCCGCAACCUCUGUCUCCGAGGAUAGCACCAUGCGGCCUUUCUCCGCCCCGAAAGCCAACUUCAGCACCGUGGCCCUCACUCUCGAAUGCAGCCUCGCCACCGAUGGUUCUGUCGAGAUUCAUGUUCACUUUGACAAUGCCGUGCUGUCGCGUACCGAAGUGGUUCGCAUUGUCGCCCAGUUUGAGCAUGUCUUGCAGCAGCUCGCCUCGUCUCCUGCCGGCAAGUUAGCUGACAUCGAGAUGAUCAGCCCGACUGACAAGGAGGACCUCCUCAAGUGGAACAGCUCGAUCCCCGAGACGGUCAACGACUGCAUUCACAGUCUUAUCUCGCGGAACAACUUCUGUCAGCCCCAAGCUCCUGCUGUCUGUGCUUGGGAUGGCGAGCUGACUUACUCGGAACUUGAAACCCUGUCAUCCAAGCUUGCUGCCCAACUGAUUCAGUCUGGCGUCGGACCCGAUGUGUUUGUGCCGCUCUGUUUCGAGAAGUCUAUGUGGACCAUUGUUGCGAUGCUCGGUGUCAUGAAGGCAGGUGGUGCAUUUGUGGCCAUGGAUGCCUCCCAACCCACUAGCCGUAUGCAGCUGGUGGCCAAGGAUGUCAAUGCCCAUGUCAUGUGUCACUCCGAGGAGCAACUCGACCGCUGCCCCGGCUUGGUCGAGAGAGCUAUUGCGGUUGGCCCGGGACUGCGUGAUCAUAAUAUCCCCCGGACGCCUCCUACUCCCGUCGCUCCCACGCAUGCCGCCUAUGCUAUCUUCACUUCCGGUAGUACCGGUGCUCCCAAGGGCUCCGUUAUCGAACACCGUGCCUUCUGUACCGCUGCCCUCGCUCACAAGGAGGGGCUCCAGAUGGGUAGCCGUGUCCUACAGUUCGCGUCCUAUGCCUUUGACGCCAGCAUCCUCGAGAUUCUGUCGACCUUGGUGCAGGGUGGCUGUGUGUGUGUGCCCUCUGAGUCUGAGCGCCGUGGAGACAUUGCCGAGGCCAUGACUCGCAUGAACGUCAACUGGGCUGUGUUGACCCCAUCCUUUGUCAACACCAUCGACCCUAGCACUGUCCCCACCCUGGAGACUCUGGCUCUCGCUGGUGAGGCUAUGAGCGCCGCUCACGUUGCCGCAUGGACUCCAUACGUCCGCCUGGUCAAUGGAUACGGCCCAUCGGAAUGCUGUGUCUGCACAACGUCGAAUCGGAAGGUCGUUCCUGGUACGCUUCCCAACAACAUUGGUACUUCCGUCGGCUCUGCCAACUGGAUCACGGACCGUGAGGACCACAACAAGCUCGCUCCCAUUGGUGCCAUUGGUGAGCUUCUUGUUGAGGGCAAUGUCCUGGCUCGUCACUACCUGAACAACCCGGACAAGACGGAAGCUGCCUUCAUCCAGCGUCCACCGUGGCUGCCAUGGAACCGCUGCGACCGUCUGUACAAGACUGGUGACUUGGUCAGAUACGCUGCUGAUGGAUCCAUUCUGUUCAUGGGUCGCAAGGACACGCAGGUCAAAAUUCGUGGUCAGCGUGUUGAACUUGGUGAGAUCGAGUACCACCUCGCCCUCCCAGCCGAUGUCUCACAGGCAGUUGCCUCCUACCCCAAGAACGGUCUGUACGCUCACAAGCUGGUUGGUAUCCUCGAGCUUGCAUCGACCGCAGGCUCCGAUCUGAGCCCUGUGCCAAACGAUGAUUUUGAGAAGUCGGGCUUCGACCUGGCCGCCCUGACUCAACACCUCUCGGAAACGCUACCAGUGCACAUGGUUCCCGUCAUCUGGAUUGCUGUACGCAAGAUCCCUAGCUCUUCCUCCACCAAGAUCGACCGCAAGGUAGUGGAUCAGUGGCUCGCCAAGCUUCCCUCCGACUUUGAGCCCACUCUGGGCAUCAAGCGCGAGGGUCCUACCACCUCCAACCUGCGGGCCAACGAGACCAAGGCUCUCGCCAUCAGCAAGAAGAUCGAUAACUUGGUUAACCGGGAGGAUACUCCCCUGGAAGGUCGCGACUUUAACAUCGCGUCGAUGGGUAUUGAUUCCGUCCAAGCCAUUAGCUUGGCCAGUUUCAUCAAGCAGCACUACAGCGUUAAGGUGGACGUUGGACGCCUUCUUGACGGUCAUAUGACCGUCCGUGGAUUGUCUACCUUGAUUGACGCCGAGCUCUCGGGUGAAGUCCAAAAGGAGCUUCCUGCCUUCGACGCCAUGAAGGAGGCUGAUGCUCUGUUCAAGGACAUUCUUGCCAAAACUUUGCCCCAGAAGACCGUCUUCGUCACUGGUGCAACUGGAUUCCUCGGCACACAGAUCUUGCGUCAGCUCUGUGACCGCCCCGAUGUUGGGCGCGUCAUUGCCCACGUUCGCGCCAAGAGCCCAUCCGACGCCUUCAACCGAGUUAAGGAUGCCGCUGUUCGUGCACAGUGGUGGUCUGACUACUACCUGAGCAAGCUCGAGGUCUGGUCGGGUAACCUUGCCGCGCCACGUUUAGGCCUGGAGCCCAAGCAGUGGGCAUCGCUGAGUGGCGACAGCCCUAACGAUGGUCUUGUCCACGCCAUCAUCCACGCUGGUGCGGCUGUCAACUGGAACGCUGGUACUGAGGUCCUCCGAGCUGCCAAUGUCGGCUCCACCGCCGAGCUCAUCAAGGCGGCUAUCAGCUCCCCUGCCCGCCCUCGCAUGUCCUACGUAUCUGGUGGCUCUCGCUGGCAUGUAAACGAGACGGACCAGGAGAUUGCCAACGAAAUUGCGCAUGCCAACGGAUACGCCCAGACCAAGUACCUGUCUGAGCUUCUGGUCAAGCAGUUUGCCAAGUCACACCCGAACCAGUUCGGCAUUGUGAAGCCCGGCCUGAUUCUCGGAACCCCCGAGGAAGGUGUUGCCAACACCGAUGACUUUGUCUGGCGGUUGGCAUCCGGAGUUGUGGAUGCGAGCGCUUUCAGCGAUGACUAUGGCAACGGGUGGAUGUAUGUGACUAGCAGCACCCGCGUUGCUGAAGAGUCGCUCAAGCAGGUGUUCUGCCCCGCUGAGUCAAUGAAGACUGUGACUUUUAUGACUGAGGGUAUCACCGAACGCGAGUUCUGGGAGAUCUUCCACCGCGAGCUCAAGUACCCCCUGCGCAAGGUGGACCACAACACCUGGCUGGAGAUGAUGCGUGACUCCAUCCAGAAGGAAUCCAGCUCACACCCUCUGUGGCCUGUGUCCCAGGUCUUUGACGCACUAGAGGGCCGUCUCGGUGGUGACGUUAUGCUGGACCCGAAUAUGGUGUCGCCAUCACAGAAGCAGCACGUCAAGGCCACGGUGCGGCGCAACGUGCAGUUCCUCGUCGAGGCAGGCUUUAUUGCCAGCCCUUCGGGCAAGAAGAUGAAGUAUAUGGCCGAAAAGGUGUUCCAGCGGUCUGGAAAUGUUUGGGAGAACAUGAAGAGGAUGACGAUCCAAGGGAACUGA